CCUAAAUUCCUACUGCCAGUCUUUAUGGUUUUAAUAUCAAAUUUUACUAUAAAACAUUUUCUCUCCCAUUUGUGUGAAAGACUAGCAGAAAGAGGGUAACUGAUUAUACACGGGAGGAAGUGAAACUGAUCACACAAAGCAUGCUAAAGUGGUCAAAUGCUCAAGUUGCAGUUCCUGGUCAUUGCCUUACUGCCAGAACAUCUACGAUGGAGGUGGUAUCAGCAGAGGUGAACAGCUUACUCCCCGAGGAGAUAAUGGACACUGGUAUAACUCUGAUGGAAGAUGAUAGCAUUGAGGCUGUUAUUGUGGCGUCACCUAUGGGAGAGGCUAUUCCUAUGGAAACAGAACUGGAAGAAAUAGUGAACAUAAGCUCAGCCAGUGACUCUGCAGCUACAACCACAGCCACCACAGAGCCAGCUACUGUGCCCAGCAAUCACUCAAGCCAAGUUACAGUGAAUACCACAAUUACAAAAACUGACACUAAUGCAACAGUAAAAUCUACCUUGCAAAGUGGCCUCCAUAAACUUGGUGCUCAGACUCCUGUCACUAUCUCAGCCAAUCAGAUUAUUCUGAACAAGGCCACUGAUCUUAAACUUGGCAACCAAACUAUUAAACAAGAAGGGCAAAAGCUAAUUGUGACAACUUUGGGAAAGGCUGGCCAGCCAAUUGUCUUAGCACUACCCCACAACCAACUACCCCAGACUCAGAAGGCCACAAUUCAGGCUCAGGCAGGAGACUCCAAGGUACCUGCCCAGCAGAUCAAAGUAGUUACUAUUGGAGGGAGGCCAGAGAUGAAGCCUGUCGUUGGUGUCUCCUCUUUGACGCCGGGAAGUCAGCUGAUAAAUACUGCAGCCCAGUCUUCUGUAUUACAGACCCAGCAGUUAAAAACAGUACAGAUUGCUAAGAAGACCCGAACACCAACUUCUGGCCCAGUAAUCACCAAGCUGAUCUUUGCAAAACCAAUUAAUAGCAAAGCGGUUACAGGACAGACAACUCAAGUGUCACCAGUCAUUGCAGGUAGGGUUCUUUCACAGACUGCUCCGGGAACGCCACCAAAGACCAUAACCAUCUCUGAGAGUGGAGUUAUUGGGCCUUCUUUAGGUUCUACAACGCAACAGACACCGAAUAAAAUAGCUAUCUCCCCGCUAAAGUCCCCUAAUAAGCAGCUGACAAUGGUGUCGGUGGCCUCGCAGCCUCCUAACUCCCCUCAGAAGACGGUGGGUGUUCCUCUGAAUGUAGCCUUAGGACAGCAGAUCCUCACAGUGCAGCAGUCAGCACCCUCUUCCCCUGGCAAGGCCAUAGUCAACCAUACAACUGCUCAGGCUGUGAAGUCAGCAGUACAGACCAUCACUGUGGGAGGAGUGAGUACAUCUCAAUUUAAGACCAUAAUUCCCUUGGCAACGGCCCCCAAUGUUCAGCAGAUUCAGGUACCUGGAAGCAAAUUCCACUAUGUCAGACUUGUUACGGCCACAACAGCCAACAGUUCAACCCAGUCAGCCAGUCAGAAUCCUAGUACCAACACACAACCUCUUCAGCAAGCUAAGCCAGUGGUGGUGAAUGCAACUCCAGUGCGGAUGUCUGUCCCAAUAGUACCAGCUCAGACUGUCAAACAGGUGGUGCCCAAACCAAUCAACCCAACUUCACAGAUAGUUACUACUAGCCAGCCACAACAGAGACUUAUUAUGCCAGCUACUCCACUGCCACAGAUACAGCCAAACCUCACUAACCUCCCGCCGGGCACCGUGCUGGCGCCAGCACCUGGCACAGGAAAUGUAGGCUAUGCAGUUCUUCCAGCUCAAUACGUCACUCAGCUACAGCAGUCAUCAUACGUAUCUAUAGCAAGCAACUCUGGUUUUACUGGGACAUCUAAUAUCCAGACCCAAGCAAGGCUACCGUUCAAUGGAAUUAUGCCAUCCGAACCUGCAAACCGCCCCAGGAAGCCGUGCAAUUGUACAAAAUCGCUGUGUUUGAAAUUGUAUUGUGAUUGUUUUGCAAAUGGUGAAUUCUGCAAUAACUGCAACUGUACCAAUUGUUAUAACAACCUGGACCAUGAAAAUGAUAGGCAAAAAGCAAUAAAGGCCUGCCUUGAUAGAAACCCUGAAGCCUUCAAGCCCAAAAUAGGGAAAGGAAAGGAAGGGGAAUCAGACCGGCGGCACAGCAAAGGCUGCAACUGCAAACGAUCAGGAUGUCUCAAAAACUAUUGUGAAUGCUAUGAGGCAAAAAUCAUGUGUUCCUCAAUAUGUAAAUGCAUUGGCUGUAAAAACUUUGAAGAAAGCCCAGAACGAAAGACUCUGAUGCACUUAGCAGAUGCAGCAGAAGUAAGAGUCCAGCAACAGACAGCUGCAAAGACAAAGUUAUCGUCACAAAUCUCAGACCUGUUAACGAGGCCAGCCCCAGCACUGACUAGUGGAGGGGGGAAAUUGCCAUUUACCUUUGUAACCAAGGAGGUGGCUGACGCGACUUGUGACUGCCUGCUUGCGCAGGCCGAGCAGGCCGAAAAGAUGGGCAAGUCAAAAGCAGCAGCGGAGCGCAUGAUCCUGGAGGAAUUUGGACGUUGUUUGAUGAGAGUCAUUAACUCCGCAGGAAAAUCCAAAAGUGACCCCUGUGCCAUGAACUGCUGACUCUUGCAUAGGAGCCAUGGUAAAUUGGACUGAACAUGACACUUAAGGCACAGGGACACUUUGGUUCACAGCAGAAGAUUUAAUACUAUUUUAUUGUUAAUUUGGUGCUUGUUUUAAAUUGACUUGCAUUAUGUUGAAACAAGAAAAUCUUUUAUAAUUAGGAGUAGAGUCUUUUAAAUUUUAGCUAAAUUCUCUUCUACUUAUGACGAUGCCUAAAGGUGAAUUUUUCUUCCUGUUGUACAGCUUUUAACUUUCUUGGGUUUGGUAAGAGUUAGAUGUUUUCUUCCUCCCCCUUUCUCUAAGAAAAUUGUCCAGAGAGUCUUUAUAAAUUAUUAUUAUAAUAUAUAUUAUUUACAGUGUAUAGAGUUGCAUCACUUUGUUCACAUGGAAGAAUCAGACACUGGAAGAAAAUAUUUUUGGCGGUAGACCACGAAAACAGUUUAUCUGUGGAGGAAUUAAUUCUGAAAGGACAUAUAUAGAAAUGAGCAUCUUCACAAUACUGACAAUACCAAAUUAGAUAAAAGAACAUCACUGUACAACCCUGGAAGGCAACGGAUCAAUGUUAAAGACCCGAUUCACCAAGGUCCUUAAGCACAAAUAAUGUUAAGCACAUGGGCAGUUGACUUCUUGGGACAAAUUACCCGUUUAGCAUUGCAUAUGUUCUUAAAAACCUUGCUGAAUCUGGGCCACAGGGCACAACUUUUGAAAUGGAAAGUAUUUAAUUUUUUCUUUAAAUGAUGACAGAAAUGUCAUUACUGGCUUGCUGAAUAGUCUAAAAUGGAAGUUGAAGGACAGAUGAUUUGCCAUACAUUCAGAAAGCAUUAAAAGCAAUGCUGUAAAAGCAAGUUGUCCAUCCAACUUUUCUCAUUAGAUAAACAUCAAGCAGGGAGCUGCUGUUGUGCAUCUAGGGCUCAAUCCUGCAAGGUCCUGAGCAUUCUCGCUUCUCAUUGAAGCCAGAGAGCAUUUGCAGCCCUUAGCACUUCAUAGGAUAGAGCCCUUAAACUGGCAGAAAAUGAGAUUAUUGUUGUGUACAUUUACACAGAAACUGAGAUUACUGGGUGUGAGGGAACCAACCCUUGUGUUUUCCUGUUAGCACAGUUUUCAUGUGAGAUGGAUUCCAAACUAGCUGCAUCCAAGUUAAUCAGAGAACUUGUGUGAAGAUCAGACUCCCUGUAAAACUGUGGACCUUUUUGAUAUCACUUUUUUAAUCUUUGGGAAUCAUUUGGCUUAUUUUUUAAAAAGUGUUAUUUAGGAUUGCAGUUGAGCCAUGACAUGCAAGUACACUGAUAUGGAUUCAAGGUCACCAUCAAAAACAGAUACACCUGACCUUUUGUUGUGUGGGGAACAGGGAAGGAAUCAAAUCAGGUCAAAUACAGUUGUGCAUGGAAGACACUUAAGGAUGGGAACUUUUUCUAGUAUUUACUACAAACAGUCCCAAAUCACAUUUUUGGUAGUGUAGCUAUAAAUUUAAUGAAAGGAAAUAACCAUGUUUAAAUUCACAGGCAUUUAUUUAGUUAGAUAUCUUAAUCCUCUCUGUAAUUAUCAGAACAAGAUUGAUACUUUUAUUUUCCAAAAGGGAUUUUAUAUUCUUGCCAUGUAAUGGUGUGUGUAUAUUCUUUAACAUAUGUUUGUGUAUAUGUAGCAAAUACACAUACACACACCUGUGAAAAGGGAAUCCACCAUUCAUUAAAAAGUAUGGUUUUUUAAUAAUUAGGAUCUGGAUUUCUAAAAUGUCAGUGCGAUAACUUUAAAUGUAGAUAGUUCAGCCAUUCAUCUUACUUUUUAGUGACUCAAUAUAGUAUGUCCAGUAAGAUUUGUAUAAAUGUAAAUUAGUGUAAGUGGAUAAAGUAAGACCUUUUAAUCAAGUUAUUUUUCAAACAGAUUGCAAUAUGCCUUCUUUUGUCUAGAACUAAAUCCAUGUUAAUUUUGUAUAUAUUCUGUGUCCUAUUCUAAAUUGCACCUUUUGUGAUGUGUAUUUAUAUACAGUGUGGAGAAAAUGUUUGUGAAACUUUGGAUUACAGUUGUAGAUGAUGUAUGAUGGCAUUGCUUGUAAAGAUUGUGAAGGUGCAAUCAAAUACUCUUAGUUCUACUUGUUUUGAACAAGCUUUCAUUGAGCUUGUUUCCAAACACCCACCCCUGCCCACCCCCGCUUAGUAUGUACUAAAUCAUUUUUGUACUUCCUUAGCCAUUUGCAGCAAACUGCUGAACAAGAUUUACAGUCAAGUUCAUCCCGUUAUUUUAAACAGAUCUGGGGUGGGGUUAAAGGUUCAUUUUCUAGUUCUAUUUACACCUGAAAGUAGAAAGAUUAAAUUUAUAUUUACUAGACCAAUUCAAAAAAAUACACUUUUCUAUAUUGUAAAAAGUUGGCUAAAUCACAAAGAAAAAUAAACAUUUAUACUAUUCUGUAAACACGAUGUUUGAAUUCUGUUCCUUGAGAGCUAGCAAGAACAUUAACAGUUUUAUUAAAGUACCUGAUUUAUUAAUUAGGGGCCAGGUUGUCACCGAAGUUGCAUUUACUAAGGCCCCAAAUCAGCAAAGCACUUCCUUGUCAUUAAAUACCGUUGACUUCAAUAGGACUGGAGCACAUUCUCAAAGCAUGUAUGUGCUUAUAUGCUUUUUUGAAUAGGGAUUGACUUAAGUAUGUGCUUAAGUACUUUGAAAUGGGGCCAAAAUAUAUCCAUGCACAACCAGGUAAUUGGGCCCAAAGGGGUAUUUUUGUAUUUAGUUACCUCUCCUGCAUGAGCAAAUCCAGGUUCUACCCCUGUGGAGAGUGAACAAAUGUAGUCCUUGAUCCAACAAACAGAUCCAUAUGGAUGGACCCUCGUGCCCUGUCAAGAUCCUAUUGAAGUUAGUGGGACUCCAUAGAAGUACAAGAGUCUCUCCAUGCAAAUCUGAUUGCAGGAUCAAGGGUAAAAUGUUCAGGGGCAACUUUGGCCACAGCCUUUGAAAAAUUGGCCCUAGGCAUUUUAUUGGUUUAAUUAAAAAAAACAAACAAAAAAACCCUUAUUGAGGAGCAGGUAGGUUUCUAAGUAUAUCCUGUAAGGGUUACUUCAGUGCAUAAAAAUGGUGAGUUUUAAAGACAAAACUGCU